GGGGCUCACAAGCGCGGCCCUGGUGCAAUUCACUAAAGGUGUCGACACGAUUCACCAGCUCUUGAAUGGGACAUGGAGUCUCAGGAUCUGUCACUCGAACAGCCCCUUGCUGUCCCUGAACCAACUUCUCUGGAAGAAACGGAUCUUCAGGCGGCGGAAAUUUCCCUUACAGUAGUGGCUGAAAUCCAAGCUGUGGACAGGAAGGUUGAGGUGCAGGCAGCACAACUCAUGAAUCUGGAGGGAAGAAUGAGGAUGGCAGAAACAAAACUAGUGGGUUGUGAGAAGACAGCAGUCGAGUUUGGGAACCAGCUGGAGAGCAAAUGGACUGCGCUGGGAACUCUGAUCCAAGAGUAUGGGCAACUGCAGCGGCGGCUGGAGAACAUGGAAAACCUGCUGAAGAACAGGAACUUCUGGAUCCUUAGACUCCCCCCUGGCGCUAAUGGAGAAGUCCCCAAGGUCCCGGUGACUUUCAACAACGCCUCGUUUAAUUUCUCUGAGCAGGAGUGGAAGAGCUUGGACGAAUGGCAGAAGGAGCUUUACAGGCACAUCAUGAAGGGCAACUACGAGGCUGUGAUCUCUCUGGAUGCUGCCAUUUCCAAACCCGACCUUCUGUCCCGGAUUGAACGAGGGGAAGCACCCGGUGUAGGAAAUCAGGGUGACUCUGAGAGCAGACAAAUCCCUGAAGACCCCAGCCUGGAAUCUCCCGGUUCUACUGCCAGCGAGAGCAUGUGGAUUAAACAUGAGGAGUUGCCUGUGGCAAAUCAGGGAGUGUCUGAAGUUGGCGGGAUCCCCACCGACCCUGGCACAUACGAGCAACAGCAGUGCGGGGAGGAAGGCCCUGCAAACCUAGAUCUUCCCAGCCUGUUACCAGGAGACUGGGAAGAGCUUUUCACCAGUCCUGAGGAGGAAUUGACCCAGGAGAGCCAGGCCAGCUCAGCGAUGCCACAGAGAAGCCCUCCCGGGAGUGGGCUGCGGCGAUCUGCUCGCCGAGGAAGAGAUUUAACGAAAAAUGUCUCUGAGGAAGCGCACACAGCAGAGGGGCCGUACAUAUGCUGCGAGUGCGGGGAAAGCUUUGUAGACAAACAGCUUUUUGCCACACAUCAGAGAAUCCAUGCAUCAGGGGGAGCCUGCACUUCCCUGGAGCAUGGAGAAAACAUGAGACAGAAACCCAAAGUCUCAACGCCUCCUAGACCCCCGGCGCCAGUCCGUUCAAAACCCUCCAAGCGCCCUGAGCCGGAGAAAAGCUCCAAUGUCAAAUAUGGCUUUGUAAAACACCAGGCAAACCAUAUGGUGGAGAGGCCAUAUACAUGCACUCAGUGCAGGGAGAGCUUUAGUUUGGAGGUGAGUCUUAUCUUACACCAGAAACUUCACACGGGGAAGGGAGACGGGCCCCUGACAUGUACGUAUUGCGGCAAGGACUUCCGGGACCUCUCCAAAGCUAUCCGGCAUCAACGGAUCCACACAGGAGAGCGCCCGUAUCAGUGCACAGAGUGUGGGAAAAGCUUCAUCCGCAGGGAUCAUCUCCUGAAGCACUGGCGGGUGCACACAGGGGAGACGCCGUAUCAGUGCCCCGUCUGCGGGAAGAACUUCCGAUACAAGGAGUCACUGAACUGCCACCAGAAAAUUCACACUCGGAGCCCCCGGCCUAUGGAGGGCUCAGGGCAGCUGGAGAUGGGAACCCAGACUGCCAUCCUCAAUGUGAAAAAAGAAAAUAAACAGUAGCUUCCCCCUCAGUGGGGACUGAGGGGCUGUUGCGUUUAAAACGAGAGCAAGCAUGUGAAAUGCAGCACUGCAGUGAAUGAACGGAAGCCACUGCCCGGCCUUGGGGCUGUGAUGCAAAGCUUUGCUUCACUGACGUUUUUAAAUGAAAUCCCUCUUAAGACUGGGGUGAAAUCCACCCCGUGCAGAGGGCCAGCAUGAGGCCUAUGCACCACUUAAACCCCAUGGGGGUUGCAUGGAACUUGUAGGCCUUGUGGACUUCACCCCUAGAGAAUAAAUGAGCUAUUCUCCAGCUUGCCAGCAGGGGUCUGCAUUUAGCAGGUGUUUCCUCAGCUACCCUGCCUCUGGGACACAUUUAUAGGUGGGAGGCAAUGUCUAGAUCAUUGUUUUCCACUGGCUUUCCUUGCAGUGCUGGAAGUGGUCGGGCGUGGGGCACCAUUCCUAGCCAGCAGGCCAGUCAGUCUAGUGGACGAGAGAAACUUGGCUGGAGAGAUGAGGCAGGGAUGGGGAAAGGGACAAAAAAGAAGGGAGUGCAGAAACAGUCCCUGGAACGGGAAGAUAGAUUGGGUGGGAGGCAGAUGGACACAGCUGAAGGCUGUUGAGGGGGAGUGUAACCCAAGAAGAAGCUGUGACUGCAGCGAUCCUCUACUCUCAUUCUACUCCCCACGGGGUCAAUUGAGGCUCCAAACAGACUCUCGAUUCUGUGUUGGACUUGGUCCAAUGAGAAGGUGCCUGGGAUCCAUUCAUAUGAACUCUUCCCACUGAAGGUGGUUUUUACUGGUCGCAAGAGUAAGUGACACAAGUGACAGCAACGUCCGCUAACCCCUAUAAGGGGUUGUUGUAGUUAAUGAUAUAUCAGUCCUAGGAUCUUAUUAUCAGAUAUAAUAAAACACAGGGCACUCUAUUUCACAGUUGAUCUAAGCUAUUUAAAUGUAUGAAAUAACUGACCCAAGUUUUUCAGACUUUUGUAAAUAGUGGUUGAGUUCUAUAAGCAGUAAGUGUUGUUCCUGAGGUGACUUGUACCUAGAAGUCUCUUUCUGUGUGAUGUCAGCUGCUGGUUUGUGGUUGUGUUUUUGUAAUACCUUUUUUGCAAAAUCUGUCAAUACAGUGUUUCCUUUUCUGAAGCCCCUGCUGGGCGAGUCCCGGAGCUCUCUGUCCCUCCCCACGCUCCUUCUCUCCCUGCUUGUUAUUUUAUUCUCCCUCUUUCCCCUGUGCCCAUGGCUGAAGCACGCUUGGCUGUACCUGUUAAGACUUGCAAGUUUUAUUAGCACUUGCCUAGCAACCUCAUUAGUUUGUCAAUUGCAUGGUCUGAUCUAGCUCCCCCCUGUAGUCAGAAUAAUAUUGGCACUGCCAAGCAUUGAAAAAUCAUGAGAUUGGUUUCGACAGCGUGAGGUGUUAAAAGUAAUAAAUGAUGGCGGUUUGA